AUGUCUGUAGCCGAGACGAGAUUUUACUGUGAAAUUCCAGAUAAUCCAAAUAAAAGUAACGCUUUGCCAGCUAAUGACAAUAUUUAUGAAACGACGCGCAUUCAACCACAAAAGCACAAAGAUACUAAAGGCACAACAGUAAGAAGAGGACUAGUUGCUCUGUCAAUAUUUUUAUCAAUGGUUGUUGGGCUUGUUGUUUUCUGUCUUGUGAUCAUCACACAGCUCCAGAGUGAGAUGAAAAUUAUGAAAGAGCAAUUGGCACACCAAGGAGACCAGUCAUUUGCUAGGUUAAAAUGGCUAGAGGAAAAUGCCUCAGACUUGAUUUAUUUUAAACUUAAUGAACAGCAGAUUCGAAUAAAUCAAUCAGUUGAAGAUAUUUCAAGUUCUCACCAGCAAUUCAUGAAAUCGGUUAUACAAGAACUUUUCCCGAGAGAUUGCACAAGUGUAAAUCGAAAAUAUGCAAAAAUUCAGAACACCACCGGAGGAGUCUUUGAUAUUUAUCCGGUCUCAAGGAACCAACCUGUCGAAGUUUACUGCAAUAUUGUAACAGAUGGAGGCGGAUGGAUUGUGUUUCAAAGACGAUUGGACGGAACAGAAGAUUUUUACAGAGGAUGGAACGACUACGGCAAUGGUUUUGGAGAAAAAGACAAAGAAAUGUGGUUAGGCUUGGAAACAAUCCAUCAACUGACUAAAAAUGGAAAUUUCGAACUAAGAGUUGAUUUGGAAGAUUUUAAUGGAAACACUGCUUAUGCUAAAUAUGGCCGCACAAAUUAUAGCUAUUUUUCUGCAAACAAGGACCCUGCUUCUGACGUUAUUGUGGCACAACAAAAGUUAUUUCGACAUGGUGUAUCAGGUUACACCACAAUGAUCGUGGUGGUUCCAAGCUUGGAAACAAUCUAUCAACUGACUAAAAACGGAAGUUCCGAACUAAGAGUUGAUUUGGAAGAUUUUAAUGGAAACACUGUGUAUGCUAAAUAUGGGUAUUAA